AUGUCUGCCUCACCAACAACAGCACCGACACAAUCGACGAAGCGCCCUCUCGAAGACCCUUCAUCCCCAUCCACUCCUAACGAUCAGCCUGAAGCCAAGCGCCCUGCCCUCGACAAGGUCGUGAAGGGGGAUGAUGCAGAACAGAAACCAAUUGAGGAAAGCGCUGCAUUGCCCGUUGUCGGAUCCAAUGGCGAUGUCAAGACUGAAUCCACUAAUGGUACCAAGCCCGAGGCGAAGGAUGAGCAAGGCGAUACAUUAGUCACGGAUGCCCCCGCUGGUCGUGAAGGGAUACAAACGAUUGGCAGCACUGGAACUUCAACUCGAGGUCCAAAUACUUCCGGUUCUACACUUCAGCAUGACGAAAGCGGGUGGAUUCAUAUUCGUGCGGUUAUCACAAGUGCGGAAGCAGCUACAGUCAUUGGCAAGGGGGGCGAGAACGUAUCACUGAUCCGUAAGAUGUCUGGUGCGAAGUGCACAGUAAGCGAUUACCAAAAGGGUGCCGUUGAGAGGAUCCUUACAGUCAGCGGUGUAGUUGAUGCAGCAGCAAAGGCAUUCGGCCUUAUUAUCCGGACUCUCAACAAUGAGCCACUUGAGGCCCCUUCCACCCCUCAAUCGAAGACAUACCCUCUCCGGCUUCUUAUUCCUCACAUCUUGAUUGGUUCGAUCAUUGGUAAAGGCGGCGUCAGAAUUCGGGAAAUCCAAGAAGCCUCAGGUGCUCGUCUCAACGCUUCAGAUUCAUGCCUUCCCCUCUCCACCGAACGCUCACUUGUCGUGCUUGGUGUUGCUGAUGCCGUUCACAUCGCAACCUACUAUGUUGGUAGCACGCUCUUUGAGCAGCUUUCGGAAAGGUUUGGAGGGCCGGCAGCAUCUGCUUAUGCUUCCCGAAGCGGCGGUCCGGCUGGAGUAGUCCCUGGAGGAAUGCAGGUAGUACCGUACGUACCCCAGCCAGCUGGUGGUAAUUAUGGCCACCCUGAUCAUCACCGUCGCAUCGACCGUGGGCACCACACCCCUGGCAACGCUUACGGCCAUCCUUAUGCUCAAGGUCAGGUUCCGCAGCAACAGCCUGCCGUGCCAAUGCACUACGGUGGCUCGCCCGUUGUUGCGGGCUACGGAGGUGUUGGGCCACAACAACCACAAGCAGCUGGCCACGCUGGUCCUCAAGCGCACGGUGGUCCACCAGUCCAACCGAUGCAAGGCAUCGUCCCUGGUCAGCCGUUGACCCAGCAGAUCUUCAUCCCAAACGAUAUGGUCGGAGCCAUCAUUGGCAAGGGUGGUGCAAAGAUCAACGAGAUCAGACAGCUCAGUGGCAGUGUGAUCAAGAUCAACGAGCCACAGGACAACAGCAACGAAAGAUUGGUCACCAUUACUGGCACCGCCGAAUGCAACCAAAUGGCGCUCUAUAUGCUAUACUCUCGACUUGAGAGCGAAAAGCACCGUAUCUGA